AUGAUGGGUAAUGAGCCUCCUGCUAGUAAUGUAACUUCAAAUGGUCUUAAAGUUCCUGAAGUACAAUCUAGGAGUCAACAAAAGACGUUUAAAAAUCCGAAUGAUUGUCCUGAUCCCAUUAGUCCAGAAUCUGUGCAUGCUUUUCUAAUGCUUGAAAAUGAAUUGAAUAAAAGUGAAAAUUAUGUAAUAGAACAAUUGAUCGAUAACAGUUACCAAGAAUUAAAUUUAUUAAAGAUAUUAAAAAAAGACAUUGAAUUACGAUAUAAGAUAUUACGUUCAGAACGAAUACGAUCACCAACAACAACAGUAACUCAAAAUAAGAACGAUAAAACUAGACAAAUCGUUACUUUAGUUAGAACAAAACAGUUUGAAGAAUUGAAUACGAUCAUAAACAAUGAUUUAGCAGUACUCAUCGAUCAAUUUAUCCAAAAUCAAGAAAAUUCGAUAAAAAAAUAUGCAAAUACUCUUGAACAGCAAAAAAACAUUUUAGAAGGAUAUAAAGAAUGGCAAUCAUCGUAUACGAAAAAGAUAUUUGAACAACAGUCUCAAACUGAUGAUAAACUGAUUCAAUUAGAAAAUGUAUAUCAAUAUUAUUAUCAAGUUAAAUUGAAAUGGGAUAAUUCGUUAAAAUUUACAAAAUUAGCAAAAAACCAACUUUGUACAGCUGAAGCAUUUUUAGAACAACAAUUAAUUAAUAAUAACAACAUGAAAGAAUUAGAUAAGUUAUUGUCCAUUAUUGAAUGUCGUACAGAUUUAUUACUAGCCAGUUUAAAUAUGUCAAAUGUCAUGGAGUAUAUUCAAAAUGAAUUUCAUUUAAUUUUACCCUAUUGGUGUGAAAAUGAUGUUGAAAUCAUUGAUCAAUUAUUUAAACAUAUUAUUGAAGAUUCACAAGAUAAACAAAGUUUUAAAACUAUUCGAGAUAUUAUUACACAUUUGCGACAACGAGUAGAUGUACAACAACAAUGGAUACAAGCAGUUAUUGAUCAAUGUAUUAGUAAAGAAUAUAAACGUAUGCAGGAUAUAUUUGUAAAGAAAAAAUAUGAAUAUUGGAUGGACAAAUUAGAAUUAUCAAAGAAAAUAUUGAAAGAUAAAACGGGAAAAACAUACGAUAUUCACAUCGAUUUUGAUAACAAAUUUCCAAGACCUAAAAUAUCUCUGUCCGUUGAACUACCAUCUUCUAUCAAUAUUGAAUAUUCUGUUAGUGAUUUAAAAAUUACCGAUUUACGUCCUAUUCCAUCAAUAGAGAAAAUAUUUGAUUUGGAACAUCAAAAUCUCUUAAGAAAUUUACUGGACAAGAAUAAUUUAAACAAUUAA